AACUGAAGAACUCGAUCUUCCCCUGACCCCAGAAAACCCUAGCCGCCCCAAUUAGAAAAAGGCUCUCAAAUUCCUCACACACAUGCCCUCAUGAUCCGAUUUUUGAACACAAUCUCAGAGAACAAUUAAAAGUGGGGAAAUCGAAAAAAAAAGAAGAAGAUAGAAACACACAAAAGCUUCAAAAGAAAAACAGAAGAAAAUUGAAGGAAAAGAGAAUUUGGUAGGCUCUUCCGAUUUAUGCUGCAUUACUUCUACAACUUCUGGGUGUUCGAGUUUGAUUUUGGACUCAGAAGUUGAGGCUGCGUUUUGUUGAAUCUGCUUCUGCUGGGUUCCGGCGUUCUCUCCUCCAGCCUUCAUUUGGCUCUUCUAAGUUUGUUUUCACAGCUGUUGAGGUAUUUAUCUCAAUUCAAAAAUUAGAAAGGGUUUUAUGUUUAACACUGCUGCCAUGGAAGUGGAAGACGAAUCAGGACAGACUCCGAGGAUACGAGGUAGACACAUCAAGAAAAGAGCCCUCAAGAACAAAGCUCUCACUGUCUCUUUUGAUGAAAAAGACCUCAAGGAUUUUGUGACUGGUUUUCAUAAGAGAAAGAAGAAGAGGAGAAAAGAAGCACAACAGCAAUUGGAAGAAGCCCAUAGGAGGAAACGUAUUGAGGCCCGUAAAAAGAGAAAGGAGGAAAGAGAAUUUGCCAUCUUUGGUGGAGCUCCGCCUGAUUCAGGCGGUGCAACCGAUGAACCUGAUGAGGAACUUGACGAUGAAGAGGAAAAUGAACCUAAUGCAACCGUCUCAGGGACUACAACAUAUGACAACGGUGAUGUGCAAGUUAUUGUGACAACCAGUGAGAUCUCUCGCGAAGAAGACUUCCCAGCUCAAGUGCCACCAAUAGUUGUGCUUCAACAUGAUGGAGAAACUAAAAACAGCAAACAAAACAUUCCGGUAAUUAAGAAGAAACCAUUCAAGAGAGUUGCAAAAAAGAGAUCCCGACCCAAGCCGCAGAAUAAGAGAGAUAGGAAGAAAGGUAAAAAGAAGAACAAGAAGCACACUUGAAAUCUCUUUUCAGUUAAAAGAAGAACAAGAAGCAGUAGCAUUGUUUGUUUCCCUAUCUUUGGCCCCUUCACCUCCUAAUGAAAAAGAUAGAAAAAUGUCUCACCCUCUUCUAGAGAUGGUCUGAUCCGUGGCGCCUUUUUAGUUAUGCGAAUGAUGUUGGUGUAUUUUCUAGUAUCUUGCUUAUGUUAUGACUAAGAUUUUUUCACAAUGAUUAAUCUGGGCAGUUAAUUUUGUCAA